UUGAGAAGAGAAAAAAUAAAGUGUUUAAAAAAUGAAUUGUUUUUUAAAUUUUAUAAUUAUGUGAUUAUUAAGGAAAAAAAUAAUUAAAAAAUAAAAUCAAUUUUUUUUUUUGUUUUUUUGUUGUUGAAUUUAAGAAAAUUCAGAUUUUGUUGUUUUUUUUUUUUGUUUAAUUGUUAUUUAUAUAUUAAUUCUGGUGUGUGACAUUGCAAAAUGGCAUUUCUUUGCCCAGUUCGAAUACGACGGGGUAAAAAGAAAAAAAAUUCAAAUAAUGAUAUUGAUUCACGACCAGGCAGUGGAUUAGGUCUUAAUCAUGGAAUGGGACGUAUUACUGGUUCAGCGAGUAUUGAAACAUUAGUUAGAGUGGGAAUUGAAAAAGAACAUGGUUUAAGUCCAGAUUCAAAAAUGGUUGUUCUACAUGAUUUUACACCAUGUGUUGAUGAUGAAUUAGAAGUUAAACGUGGACAAAUUGUUAAUAUUUUAUAUAGAGAAAAUGAUUGGGUUUAUGUUAUUGGUCAAGAUACAAGACAAGAAGGCUUUAUACCACACUCAUAUUGUGCACCAUAUAAUACACAAUUAGCUGAUAUGGCAAUUAAAAAAAAAUUACCUAGAGAUCAAUUAUUACCAAAUGAUUUGACUGAUGGAAUAGGUAUUAGUGUAAGUGAAAAUGCUUCUGGUGGUAUUACUGGGAGUGGUUUAAAUGCAAAUGCUGGAUCAAUCGCAUCUCCUGAACUAAUGUUAGAUGAUCCGACUGGAAUAGGUGGAGGUGGCGGUGCAGGAAGUAUUAGUAAUGGUUUACAAUCGCCAUUAAAACAUUCUCAAGCAAGUUUGCAAAGUUCUGAACCCGAUUUCAUACCAUUUGCUAAAGAUCCAAGUGGUCGUUAUAUUGUUCUAUAUACAUUUAUUGCAAGAGACGAAAAUGAUGUUUCAGUAGAACGUGGUGAAUUUGUAACAGUUUUAAAUCGUGAGGACCCAGAUUGGUUUUGGAUAGUAAGAAGUGAUGGUCAAGAGGGUUUUAUACCCUCGGGUUUUGUUUAUCCAGCUGACAAUGUUUUUCAAGGAAAACCUGCAAAUGGACAACAGCAACAACAUCAAGGACAUCAACAGCAGCAAACUCAACAACUAAAUGGCCAAACAAUUGUUUCAAAUCAGAAUAAUGGAAUUUUAAACUUACAGGAUAAUUUAACAACAGCGCUACAUUGUAAUACAGCCGCAAAUGUUAAUAGUCAAUUAAAUGCGAAUAGCUAUAAUAACCAGCAUCAACAGCAACAACAGCAACAACAAAAUACAGCUGUUGGGGGUGGUGGUGGUGGACAGCAAAUGGUUAUGCUUUAUGAUUACAAAGCCCAAGCACCAGAUGAUUUAUCAGUGCGACGUGGUGACUGGAUAUAUGCGGAUUUGAAUAACCAAACAGUAGACGGUUGGCUUUGGGCAUAUGCUCCAAAAACAAGAAAAUAUGGAUUUAUCCCGAAAGCAUACGCUCGGCCACCGGCAAUGACAAGUCUUUAAGUAAAAUUAUUUAGGGUAGUUGUCACUCAGUUUAAGUUGUAAAUAAUUAUACACAAAAAUAAAUAACUCAUGCCAUGUUUAAGAGCAAAUAAUUACAUUAUUGAAAACCAAUAAAUUUUAAACUUUUAAUUUACAAUAAAUCGAAGAUAUGCAUGCAAAAUUGAUAGGAAAUAUAAAUUUUGAAACAAAUUGGAUAGGUGUUAUAGUGUUAUUAUGUAAUAAUAAUUAU